AUGGUCCUGCGGAUCAUAGUUCCAUCAAACGGCCGCAUAUCUGACAUUCUGAAUCCUGGCGGAAGUGGAGCAGCUAGCACUUCAAGGGAAAAUGGGGACGUAGAGGCGACUGCGCCUGUAGCUUCGGAUGGCAGGGUCCAGUUGCGGAGCUGCUGGGGUAUUCCCAACAGCAUUUUGCGAAACUGGGGGUAUGCUGGAAGGGGUGUCCCUCUGGGUCGCCGGGACUCCUUCAGCGUAUUGGUUCCCCUGCUCAGCAAAACAGGACAACUAGUCACUGAUGUGAAGCAAGGUGAUUCCAGGGAACAAACUGCAACAACGCAAAGCAAUAAGAAUGAUGAACGUGCUAAUGCAGAGAUUCAUUUAGUAAUAUAUGUUCAUAAUUUGGAAUUUAUAGUUAAGAAAAGGAGCGAGGGGGAUGAGGAUCAUAUUAAGUACCGGUCAUUAUACAAGGCUGUACAAGAGAAUGAUUGGAAGGGAGUUAACGAUUUCAUAACCAAAGAUCCCGCGGUGUUGACUGCCAAGAUUAAAGUAUAUAUUGAGGAAACAGUUAUUCACGUAAUUACUCAAAACUUAGAUGCCCCCUUUUGGCCUCUGGAGAAGCUUGCAUCGAUGGCUGGCCCAGAAUUACUAGAACGAUUGACUGAUGAAUAUGGCCGAACGCCUAUAUUCCACGCUGCCAAAUGUGGCAAUACGAAGGCGGCAAUAGCCUUUGUUCAUAAGAACAAAGAAUUGCCAAACUUAAAAGACAGCGAGGGUCUACUUCCGAUUCACCAAGCUGCAAGUCGUGGCCACAAGGAAACAACUCAAUAUCUACUCUCAAUGACAAGAGUGCCCUUAGAUGACACGAACGGAGUGACUCUGCUUAAAGAUCUGAUCAAUUCUGGUAUCUAUGGGAUUCCUGUGCAAGAACAUAUUCCUGGCCUUGAAAGUGUGGACACAGACGUAAAAAUUCCCUCUGAGAGAUCAAAGACAAAGUUAACAGAAUUCACACACAUGGGAUUUUUUCAAAAAAUGAUGUCUACUGGCAGAAGCUUUGUUCCAGUCACCAAGAGCAUACAUGAUACGAAGUUAACGAAUAUGCAACCACAUGAAAUUGUCAGAAUCAUGUGUCAUGACAGAGUUACUUGGAGCCGGGAAGAAGCCUUAAAGUCACUAGUUACACCAGUUCUUACAGCCGUUGCAUUAGGGAUUUAUGAGCUUGUUAAUGAAAUUAUGAAGGCCUAUUUCUUCUCGUUUGUUUUCACUAGAAAUGGUGAUGACAUAUUUCGACUUGCAAUUCUAAAUCGCCACGAAAAAGUAUUUAGUCUUGUAAAUAGAAAAAAUAUUUUACUUGCAUGGGACCGGGACAUGAAGCAAGUGGCUGACAUGAGAGUAACAAAAGACAACAUUUUGCAUUCUGCUGGAAGGUUUGUCCCAUCAGAUCAUAUUCCGGGUCCCGCAUUGCAGAUGCAGAGGGAGCUACAAUGGUUUAAGGCUGUGGAAAGUUUUGUUCAUCCAUCAAUUCAAGAACAGCGAAACAAGUCCAAUAAAACUCCUAGACAAGUGUUUAUCGAAUCACACAAGAAUUUAGUCAGAGAAGGUGAAAAAUGGAUGAAAGAGACUGCUUCGUCCUACACAGUUGUAGCUGCACUCAUAAUCAGCGUAGUCUUUGCCGCGGCUUUCACAGUACCAGGUGGCAACGAUUGUGAUAAAGGGACGCCCAUUUUCUUGCACAAACCAUCUUUCAUAGUGUUUGUCAUAUCAGAUUCAUUAGCACUCUUUACUUCCACUGCUUCGCUUCUAAUGUUCAUGGCAAUCCUCACUUCCCGUUAUGCAGAAGAAGAAUUUUUGGAGUCCUUGCCGAAGAAGUUAAUCAUUGGGCUAGUCACCUUGUUCUUUUCUAUUGCAAGCAUGAUGGUAGCAUUUGGUGCAACCAUUUACAUAUUUCUUUCCCAUCCAUGGAAAUGGGCAAUCAUUCCAAUUUCACUUCUUGGCUGUCUCCCUGUAUCCUUAUUUGCUCUUUUGCAGUGUCCUCUGUUGGUUGAGAUGAUCUCUUCCACUUACGGACGAAGCAUUUUACAACCAACCAAGUAA